AUGUCUACGGGCAAGAUCAUCUUCUACGAGGACAGGAACUUCCAGGGCCGUUCCUAUGAGACCUCCAGCGACUGCCCUGAGCUGACCUCCUACCUGAGCAGGUGCAACUCCUGCAGAGUUGAGAGCGGCUGCUUCAUGGUGUACGAUCGUUCCAACUUCCAGGGAAACCAGUACUUUGUGAGGAGAGGAGAGUAUGGUGACUACCAGCGUAUGGGCAUGAGCGAUUGCAUCAGAUCUUGCCGUAACAUCCCCAUGCACAGAGGAAACUUCCGGAUGAGGAUUUACGAGAAGGAGAACUUUGGAGGUCAGAUGCACGAGCUGAGCGACGACUGUGAGUCCAUGACCGAUCGUUUCCGCAUGAACGACAUGCAGUCCUGCAACGUGAUGGACGGCCACUGGCUGAUGUACGAGCAGCCCCACUUCAGAGGCAGGCAGAUGUACAUGAGGCCUGGAGAGUACAGGAACAUGAGAGAGUUGAGCAUGCAAAUGGGCUCCAACACUGUGAGGUUCAACAGCAUGAGGCGUAUUUUGGAUUCUUGUUAUUAA